CUUUUGCUACAAAACGGUCAGUGAAACUGCAGCGUGCAGACGCUAUGAAGACAGUUUUGCUUCUGCUCUUGUUGAGCACCUGCCGGACGUCAGCCAACAGUCGUGCUUCUUUGAAGGUCAUUCCCAACUGGUCUCAGUUUUUUGAGUACGAGAAAAUUACUCUCAGCUGUGAUGAGAUAACCUCUGGUGAAUGGACGGUGUGGAGAUACACUACAGAAGGAUUGAAACUGUCUGACUGCACCUCAGGUUGGGGUACUGAGUCUUUCUCUACCUGUGAAAUGAAGACAGUCAAGCGUUCUAAUUCAGGUGUUUACUGGUGCCAGUCCACACACGGUCACAGCAGUAAUGCCAUCAACAUCGCUGUCAGUGAGAACCCAGUGAUCCUGCAGAUUCCUGCUGCCCCUGUAGUGGAGGGAGAUAACAUCACUCUGCUCUGUAGAACAAAGAAUCCCUCCAACAAAUCAGCUGAUUUCUUUAAAGAUGGUACCUUCAUCAAAAAUGAAAAUACACGUCGCAUGACCAUCUACCAAGCAUCUAAGGUUCAUCAAGGUUCCUACAAAUGCAGCAUUGGUGGUCGUGAUUCACCAUCCAGCUGGCUGCUGAUACAAGAUGAUGCUGACCCCCCAACUCUCACACCGUCUCCCAACACAGUUCAGCUGUUUGAGUAUAAGAACCUGAACCUGAACUGUGGUGUUCAAGGAUGGACAGUAAAGAGGUUCACAACAUUUGCUAAAGACCUGUCCAGUUGUAAAGCAUGGGGGCAAGUCGUUUCCCAUGGCUGCGUCCUCCAUACGACCAAGCAGCCUGACAGCGCGGUUUAUUGGUGUGAGUCUCCUACACAGCAGCGGAGCAACUCAGUCAACAUCACUGUUUAUGGUCGAGAUACUCCGGUAAUCCUGCAGAGUCCCGUCCUCCCCAUGAUGAAGGGAGAUAAUGUUACUCUGCUCUGUGAAACAAAGAACACUCAGUCCAUCCUUCCAGCAACUUUCUACAAAGAUAACUCUAUCGUCGGUACUGAGUCUAGAGGUCAGAUGAUCAUCUAUAAUGUCACCAAGUCUCAUGAAGGCAUCUACAAGUGUAACAUGAGUGUGGGAGAGUCUCCAUCCAGCAUGCUGUUCAUUAUAGAUCCCGAUGCCCCCGCCUCACAUUCAGAUUCAGACAAAAACCUGUCUUCUCUGGGAAUGCUGCGCCACAUCUUGGUGUACUUUCCAUAUGUAAUCUCUACAUUCCUCAUGGUCUCUAUAUAUCGUGGGUCUACAGGAAGAAACUCACAUCAAAGAACAAUGUCUCCACCCACUGAGGAAGAUGAACACCAUCCAUAUGAUGAUGCUAUGGCUGAUGUCACCACUGAGCAUAGUUUCUAAUAAAAUCUUUGUCAUGUUGUUUCCUAAACAUUUUGCACUUUUCAGAACGAAAUACUUGUUUCAUGUAAAUGUUUUUCUGGUUUACAUUUUGUUUUCAAGGUUUUUUUUUGUUUUUUUUAUAAAUAAAGAUU